GAUAGGGGGGUGAAUGAGAUUGACGAAGAGUUCUUGUUCUGUAUCUCAGUUUUUCUCUUUAUACUCAAAUUAAAUAGUGGGAAAAAUUAUCGGGAAAAUCACAUCAUAUGCAAUGGAGUGUAUUUGGAUAUUAAGUGGAUAAAUACACGCUCUGGGCGUUUUUCGGUGAAGAAGUACUACGGUGUUUGUAAAUAUUUAUUUAAAUAAUUUGUGUGAGAAGAGCAGGGUUGGCUGCUGCUCAAGUGAGUAAAAGAGGAGGCUGCCACCCCCUCAAUGCAAAAUUGGAUGGUGUUCAAAACUGAAGACUGUGUGAAGGCUGAAAGCUGUCCAGGACUGAGCUUCCGACAGAAGGGAUCAAUGAUGGAAUUACAGACCCUCCAAGAGUCCCUGAAAGCGGAUAUACAAGUUCAUCAGAAACUAGUGUCCCAGAUGAAACAGGAUCCACAGAAUGCUGAUUUGAAGAAGCAGCUCCAUGAACGUCAAGCCAAGAUCACAGCGCUGAGUGAGCAGCAGAAGAAGGUGGUGGAGCAGCUGAGGAAAGAGCUGCUGGUUAAACAGGAUCAUCUGGAGGUCCAGGCCCAUCAGCAGCCCCAGCACCCAGUGCAGCCUGAUGGGAAGGCCUCUGCCCUGCCUAACCUCCACACCCCACCCUCCCUGCCCUCGCCUGACAAACUGAGCACGCCACAGAACACGAUGACGAUCACCCCGGUCAUCACCACUAAGACUCUACCUCUGGUACUGAAAGCUGCCACCGCUACCAUGCCUGCUUCUGCUGUGACGCCGCGACCCUCCGUCGCCAAGGUCACAGCCAUCAGCAACACGCCCAAGGCCAGCAUAGGUCACCCUGACUCACUGAGUUCACCUAUCAACCUUCAGACAUCCAGCAAGUUGACCAAUCAGGGAAUGGAGCCAGUUCGGAUAGUCUCCAAGAACACUGUUGUUGUGCAGGCCACCGCCCAGCCUAUCAAAGUUCCUCAGUUUAUCCCUCCACCUAGACUGAUGCCUCGACCUACCUUUGUACCGCAGGUCCGACCAAACCCAGCCACACCUACGCCCACUCCCACGGUGCCCAUCGCCCCUGCGCCCCCUCCUCCCAUGCUGGCUGCCCCUCAGCUCCUCCAGCGGCCUGUCAUGUUGACCACCAAGCUGACCUCCACCUCACUGGCCUCCACCACCGGGCCCAUCCACCAGGUACGCAUUGUAAACGGCCAGCCCUGCGCCAGCAUCACCAAGACCCUGCCCUCUGCCCAGCUGACUGGCAUCGUCAUCACCUCGCCAGCCACCAUUACGGCCACCACCCCCCUGGCAACACAUCAGACCCUUCAGAUCAGAAGCCUCAGCCCUGACACCAAGACUGUUAAAGCUCGGGGUGUUACCGUGCCAAAGGCAUCGGCCAGUGCGCCCUCCUCCCCCUCGCACGCCACUAGAGGCACCCCUCCACCCCUGCUGAGGAACAAAAGAGAGGACAACCCCCAGAAACUAGCCUUCAUGGUGUCCUUGGGACUUGUGACAUAUGACCAUCUGGAAGAGAUCCAGAGUCGGAGGCAGGAGCGCAAGCGGAGAACGACAGCAAACCCGGUAUACAGUGGAGCAGUGUUUGAGCCGGAGCGUAAGAAGAACGGCGUCACAUACCUGAACACUCCUCUACACCAAGGCACCAGGAAGAGAGGUCGCCCACCCAAAUACAGCAGUGUUCCUGAGCUGGGUCUUCACACCCCAACAUCCCCCACCAGCAGUCAUUCCGCCUCCCCGGGCCACCACCGGCCAGAGAGGGGGGGCUCUCACUUCCCCGUCCACCCCCACACCCUCCCUCUGCCUAGCCCCAACUCCGGGGAUGGAGACAUCCAUGAGGACUUCUGCACUGUGUGCAGGCGCAGUGGUCAGUUGCUCAUGUGUGACACAUGUGCACGUGUUUACCAUCUGGACUGCCUCGCUCCACCUUUGAAAACCAUUCCCAGGGGCAUGUGGAUCUGCCCCAAAUGUCACGACCAGAUUUUGAUGAAAGAUGAGGCAAUCCCAUGGCCUGGAACCCUCGCUAUCGUUCAUUCCUACAUUGCAUAUAAAGCAGCUAAAGAGGAGGAGAAGCAGAAACUGGUGAAGUGGAGCUUGGAACUGAAGCAGGACAGAGAACAGCUAGAACAAAGGGUCAAACAGCUGAGCCAAUCCAUAACAAAAUGCAUGGAGAACAAGAACACUAUCCUGGCCCGUCAGAGGGACAUGCACAACUCCCUGGAGAAGGUCAAAGGCCUGGUGCGUCUCAUUCAGGGCAUCAACUUCUGCCCAUCCCCCGAGGUCUCGCCGCCAGCGGUCCAGACCAGCAUGUCAAAUGGAGGAACAGACGGUGCCAGUGCUGACCACACGGGCGACACAAGUCCUGAGGAUCACAAGAACAUGACUGACAAUAGCGGCGACGACCUGAACAACAACACAGACGGGGCGACAGAGGAGGAAGAGAAGAAAGAGGACGUUAAAGAGAUGGACAACCUCAACAGCAGCAGCCUUGGCAAAACCUUAGAGCCUCCCCAGACUAUAGUACCGGCCCUUGUGGAUGUAGCAGAGGGAGCCAAAUAACACCCACCCACCCACCAAGUCCAGGGACAGGAACCCCCAAAGAGAGGGAAAGAAAAAGAUAAAGCACCCCAUGAAGUUGCCAAUCGAUUAACACACACCGACAUAUAUAUAUAUAUAUAUAUAUUUUUUUUUUUUUUUGGGUCGUUGUUAUUGCAGUUGUGUAUUAUCGGAUUGUCUGUGAGGACAUACGUUAUGAGUAUCGGAACGGGAAAUGGAAAGGGACGAAGGAGGGUGACUUAUGGUACCAGUGGUAUGCCAAUCGAGGUCAAAGAUUAUUAUUCAAGUCUGAUGAUAUUGACGCUCUUACUAAUAAUAAGGAUAUUGUUAAUAGUAAUAAACAUCACACCAAUGUGUGCCUCCAAUAGUCGCCAUGGCGUCUCUUUGUGGGGAUGGUUUCUUAGGGUGUCUUAGUCUGCAGAUUCAGGGGAGAUGGAUCCGAGAAGUCCAAAGACAAGACCUGCCCGCUCGCCUGAAGAUCCACCACCUACACCACACCAGAAACAAUUGGAUCAACCAAAACACCAUAACAGCCAUUUGGAAUUUGAAAAACUACCAGGGGACUUAGGUUUUUGUUUGCUGCCGUAUUUGUCAACAGUUUUGAAAAUCACUAACAAAGUAUUGCCUGAGGGAUAUGAUUGGUCCCAAAUCACACUUUUUGUCUUACAGGAGCUCCAGCUCACCUCCAUCCAUCUAUCCCACCUGCCCCCAUUACAACCACCACCGAAAACUCUGACAAUACAGCUUAAAGUAAGAUCACAGGACAGAUGAUGGAUCAGCAUAGGGUUAGCCUCGCGUUCAAGUUGCAUCCACUGUCACCUCAGUGCUGCCUGACAGACAGCCAGACAGACCGGCUGCAGUGGGAGGAGCCCAGCAUUCGGCUUAAUUCAGAUCUGUGGUCUUCGGCUGCAUCACAUGGACUCAUUGCAUGCUUCAUUGACAUUGGAGGUGUUUUUCUUUUCAAGGUCAUUUUAUCAUGACUUGUGUUGCAUUGUCCAUUGUUGCUGAACUUAGCAUUCCUUUUUGCUUGUUGAGAAUAUGAUUGACCAAUUUGUUGAGUGAUACAUUCAGAGACAUAGCACGAAAGCGGCUGCAUCAAUAUUCCAUUUGAACGAUAGAGGCCAUGUGAAUGCAGCUCUAGGCAUGCAUGGGGAUUUAGCAACUAUCAGUUCAGAUAUUGUCUGAGAGGUUUUUUUUUGUGUCCGUUUGUUAUGCCCCUGGGAUCUGUUGCUGAAGGAAACUAACCAUUUAUUCUGGGGGAAUCUGUUUAUAUUCAGGUCUUCCUAGUUUUGAAACAUGGAGAUAUGCUUCUUCAAAAGUGCUUUUCUGUUUCGCAUUACCUUGGUUUCGUAUCAAAUAUAUUAGAACUGGAAAAUA